CCCGCCAGGUGCGCCCCACCCCCAGCCUGCGUGCCACCUUCUGUUGUGUCCCAGCGUCCGCCAUUCGCCGAAGUGCCCCUCGAAAGGGUGGAGGCCUUCCCACUCUGAAGGAAGAGUCGCAGAGUGUUGCCGGGCGUCCAGGGACGGUGUUGGGAGGCAACUAAGGCGUCGCACGCGCCGAAAGUCAGAAAAAGGGGCUUCCGGGGACCCCGGCGGAGCUGCACCUGAGCUCGCGGGCCUACAGUGCGCGUGCGCGGCCGUGGGCUUUCUUUUUUUUUUUUUUCCCCCCCUCCGGCACCGGUUCGCGAGACCCCCCAACGGCCGGCGGCUCGAGGCCCCGCAGGUCAUGGCGCAGCUGUGUGAACCGCGGCGGGGCCGGGUGCUCCUCGCCCUGCUAGCUUCGCUGCUUCUCUCCGGGGCCCAGGCGGCCAGCAGAGACCUAGACGUCCACGAGUCUUGUGGAGUUUCGAAGGUAGUGGGGAAAUGCCGGGCUUCCAUCCCCAGGUGGUGGUACAAUGUCACUGAUGGGUCCUGCCAGCCAUUUGUUUAUGGAGGCUGUGAAGGAAAUGGCAAUAACUACCAGAGCAAGGAGGAGUGUCUUGACAAAUGUGCUGGUGUCACCGAGAACACCAUUGAUGGCCUGGCCAAGAGCAGGAAUGGAGCAGACUCUUCUGUCCUGAGUGUUCCCAGAAAGCAGAAUUCUGAGGACCUCUCUGGUGAGAUCUUCAACUAUGAAGAAUACUGUGUUCCGAAGGCCGUCACUGGGCCUUGCCGUGCAGCCUUCCCUCGCUGGUACUAUGACGCUGAAAAGAAUUCCUGUAACAGCUUCAUCUAUGGCGGGUGCAGAGGCAACAAGAACAGUUACCUCUCCCAGGAAGCAUGCAUGCAGCGCUGCUCUGGUAAGCAGAUGUAUCCUUUCCUGACCCCAGGGAAGAAAGCCGUGAUCCUGGUGGGGCUAUUCAUCAUGGUCCUGAUCCUCCUCCUGGGAACCUCUAUGGUAUGCUUGAUCCGUGUGGUUCGAAGAAAGCAGGAGCGUGCCCUGCGCACCGUUUGGAGCACUGCGGAUGACAAGGAGCAGCUGGUGAAGAACACCAAUGUCUUAUAGAGGCCCCAGUGCUCAGAGAACCAGGGGGACAACAUGUGCUGUUUAAAAAGAGAGCAACUGCUUGUGUCUGAGAUCAUUAGGGAGUUUGGUCUUUGUUUCCCAGUCCUGUUGGGCUGCUUAGGGCCUCCUCUCGACCCUGUCCUCCCACAGCUCCCUCUGCCCUUCCCCAUUGCUUCCUUUAGCAUCACUAGGAGCCCCAUUCUUGUAGUCUUCAUUGUUUGUUUGAUUUAUAUGUUUUUUUUUUAAGUAGAUAAAGGUUUUUAAAAAAUCAGGAUUCUGAAAGAAUGUUUAAUAAAGUGGGCCUUUUAAAAUAAAUAAAAUUUACUAUGUA